CCGCCGCGUCCGCACGCGGUCGACAUUGUUUCGAGGUUACUCACGAAAAUAAGGCUAUGUCAGAUGAAGAAGGACGUAAGGCCUCUGAAUAUGUUUUAUGUGUUAUUGAGUCGUUGAAGAAGAAAGUUACAGCAGAUCGUUUUACUUACAUUAAGAAUAGGAUAGAGGAGAACAGGAUUAAGCUCAGCACUGUUACACAAAGCACUAGCAAUUCUUCAAAAAUCUGGCAAAGAAAUACAUCAAAUGGCACCGACUUUGUCUCAAAUUUGCUGACAAGUAGGAAAGACGAUGCACUCUGUUUGGUGCAUAGUCUUGAGGCAUCACCUGCUGAGGAAGAUGGCGUCAGUUCCGAAGAAGAAAGUUCAUAUGCCACAUCAACUGUUAUGUUGGGGGGAAAUCAAGCUGCAAAGAGCGCCAUUAGGCUAAUUAAACUACCAGAAGUACCGAAACUUCCGCCUUAUACAACAUGGACAUUUUUGGACAGGAACCGGAGGAUGUCGGAAGACCAAUCCGUACUUGGUCGACGAAGGAUUUAUUAUGAUGCAAAUUGCGGUGAAGCUUUAAUUUGCAGUGACAGUGAAGAUGAAGCUGUUGAGGAUGAAGAGGAGAAAAAGGAGUUCAAAGUUUCUGAAGAUUGUCUUAUUCGGAUGACAAUUCAAGAAUGUGGCAUGUCUGAUGCAGUGCUGGAAACCCUGGCUCGAUGUUUUGGUAGAGCUGCUGGUGAUAUAAAGGCCAGAUAUGAGAUCCUACAUGGGGAGAAAACUGUGAGUUCUUUAAAAAAAGCUUCUGAACUUCAUGUCAAAGUGGAAGAUGUCUACCGUGAUAAAGAUUUGGAUGCAGCAUUGGAUUCCUAUGACAAUCUCUUUUGUCGGCGAUGUCUAGUUUUCGAUUGUAAAUUACAUGGGUGUUCUCAAGAUUUAGUAUUUCCUACAGAAAAGCAACCACCUGGGAACAUCUUGGAUGAUGGUAUGCCUUGUGGCAUUCAUUGUCAUAAACUGGCCUCCAAACCAGAUGCUACUGUUGCAAACGAUUCUGACAUGCAUAUUGACAUAGAGGAGCCAACUCACUCAGCUGAUGAUACAAGGAACCAGUUGGAUUCAAAUAAGAAAAAACGGGGUUCUAGUGGAAGGAAGGCAAAAUCCCAACAAAGUGAAAGCUCUUCAAUCCAAAGGAUUGCCUCAGAAAGUAGCGAUUCAGAAGUACAUCCAAUAAGCAAUAAAUCUCUGCAUCACUCACCUUGUCAAUCAAAAUUCAAAAUUAGCGCAAGAGGUGGAAUCAAGAAAAGUGCUAAUAGAAGAAUCGCAGAGCGAAUCCUUAUGAGCGUGAAAAAAGGACAAAGGGAAGUGGCACCAUCAGACUCAAAUUCUGGUGGAUGCCUCUGGCCAAGGGAUAUGAAGCUUAGAUCUGGUACACGAAGUGGACAAAAGGAUUCAUUUGCAUCCUCACAGCAGAAUUCUCCGAACACAAGAAGUUCUCGGAAGAAGGAUACGUCUCCAAUGGAGAAGAAAGAGAAGAACUCAGCUUUAGCAGAAGAUCAUAAGGAUGCGACGGAAGAAACAAAUAAUGAACAUUCAGCAACAGAUGAUCAUCUAAGUUCGAAGAUAGAUGAUGUCGAUGAGAAUAUAUGCAGGCAAGAAGAUAACUGUAGAUCCUGGAAGGUGCUUGAGCAAGGGCUACUAGUGAAAGGGUUGGAGAUUUUUGGUAGGAACAGUUGUUUAAUUGCUCGGAACCUUCUUGGUGGAAUGAAGACAUGCAGUGAUGUUUUUCAGUAUAUGCACUAUAUUGAAAACAGCAGCGCAUCUGGAACACUUAGCAGUGUUGAUUCUCUUGUUAAAGGAUAUAUAAAGGGACAUGAGUUGCGCGCGAGAUCACGGUUUUAUAGAAGACGAGGACGAGUCCGUCGUUUGAAGUACACCUGGAAAUCUGCAGGUUAUCAUUUUAUAAGGAAAAGAAUUACAGAAAAGAAGGAUCAGCCUUGUCGGCAAUAUAAUCCUUGUGGUUGUCAAUCGGCAUGUGGGAAACAGUGUCCAUGUCUCAUAAAUGGGACAUGCUGUGAGAAAUACUGUGGGUGUCCGAAAAUGUGCAAGAAUCGUUUUCGAGGUUGUCAUUGUGCAAAGAGCCAGUGUCGCAGUCGCCAGUGUCCAUGCUUUGCUGCUGACAGGGAAUGCGAUCCUGACGUGUGCAGAAACUGCUGGGUGGGGUGUGGUGAUGGUUCAUUUGGAGUUCCCAACCAACGAGGCGAUAAUUAUGAAUGCCGGAACAUGAAACUGCUUCUUAAACAACAACAAAGGGUCUUACUUGGGAGAUCUGAUAUUUCUGGCUGGGGAGCAUUCCUCAAGAAUACGGUUGGCAAACAUGAAUAUCUUGGCGAGUACACUGGGGAGCUUAUCUCCCACAAGGAAGCAGACAAGCGUGGCAAGAUAUAUGAUCGUGAGAAUUCAUCGUUCCUUUUUAACCUGAAUAACCAGUUUGUUCUUGAUGCCUUCAGAAUGGGUGACAAGCUGAAGUUUGCCAACCAUUCCCCUGAUCCAAAUUGCUACGCCAAGGUUAUCAUGGUAGCAGGCGACCAUAGGGUAGGCAUCUUUGCCAAAGAACGGAUUGGUGCAGGUGAGGAGCUUUUCUACGACUACCGAUACGAGCCUGACCGAGCCCCGGUGUGGGCCCUGAACGCUGACGCUCCUGGGUCGAAAGACCCUGGGCAGCCAUCCAGCGGGCGAGCAAAGAAGCUUGCCCACUGAACAGACAUCAUUGGUUGAUUCUU